UUUCCCUAAUAUUUUUGGAACAAACAAAAUGCUCCAUCCACACUGAUACUGUAUGUAAGGUUGUUUGCAGACUAAUUUUAAUAACUGUGAUGAGGAGUUGAGGAGACUCUUAUUUUGAAAAUAACACCACCGUUUUGACUUAAUGCGAAAGCAGGGAGGACAUGACGAGCCGUACAGAUCAGUGUACAUCAUUUUAGAGGGAAUCUCAAACAGCACAAAAGCUUAUUUGUUUUAUAUUGUAGUGUUCGGUGCUGUUUUUAAUCAUAGGCUGGGCAUAGAAUAAAUUCAGAUUUAAAUGUUAAAGCCUUAAAACAGCAUGCAGUAAAAUACAGCGAGUGUUGUGUAUAUGGUGUAAAGUGAAGUUUGUGCUCAUGUGAAGACAUACAGCACUAACUUACAGCUACACUAAUGCAGAGGACCGUGGCCAGCUCGCCUCUGGCUCCCUCCGUGAAGGUGAAAUUAAUACAUUUCGGUUUUCACACGGCAGCAGAUUUGCUCGAUGUGCAGCCACUUCAACUAUGCAAAGAAGCAGGUAUAUCUCAGGAUGAAGCGGUUGAGGUGCUGCAGACGCUGCGAGGUGAUGCGCAGUCUGACCAGCAGGAGGCGGCAUCAGAAAGCGUAACAGCGCUGGACCUCCUCCACCAGGAGCAGAUCCACAGCGGUGUGGUGACGUUCUGCUCCGAGCUCGACGCUGUUCUCGGAGGGGGCGUUCCCGUGGGAAAGACCACCGAGAUUUGCGGAGCUCCGGGAGUCGGAAAGACUCAGCUCUGUAUUCAGCUGGCUGUGGAUGUGCAGAUCCCCCUGUGUUUUGGUGGUUUGGGUGGAAAGGCUGUGUACAUUGACACAGAGGGCAGCUUUGUGGUCCAGCGGGUGGUGGACAUGGCAGAAGCUGCAGUAGAGCACUGUACUUUAUUGGCAGAGGAUGAAGAGCAGCGAAAAGCACUGGAGGAGUUCACCAAGGAGAAAAUCCUCUCCGGCAUCUUCCUGAUCCGUUGUCAUGGUUACGUAGAGCUGCUGGCUGAGGCCUACCUCCUGCCUGACUUCCUAGCGAAGCAUCCUGAGGUGCGGCUGGUGGUGAUUGACAGCAUUGCCUUUCCGUUCAGGCAUGACUUUGAUGAUCUCUCUCAGAGAACCCGCCUCCUCAAUGGUCUCGCCCAGAAGCUAAUCCUGUUAGCCACCCAGCACAGUGCAGCAAUUGUGCUGACCAAUCAGAUGACAACCAAAGUCUCAGAUGGCCAAUCCAAACUCAUUCCUGCUUUAGGUGAAAGUUGGGGUCAUGCAGCCACUCAGAGGCUGAUCCUGCACUGGGAUGGAGUCAAAAGGAUGGCAUCUCUCUGCAAGUCCCCAAACCAAAAGGAGGCCACAGUCCAGUAUCAGAUUACGGGUCAAGGUUUCAGAGACUCCAGUAACUCAGUUGAAGCGCAUCCCUCCAGCCCUGCGGCAGGAAAUCACAGCAAGCGUCCGCGUACAGAUCAGCAGCAGCAGCAGGAUUAAGACGACUCUGAGACACUCUUCAUGCCUUGAGUGCCUAAAGAGACACAAGUCAUCGAGUCAACACUCUUUAAUGAACACAUUUAAUAAAGGCCCCGUAUCCUACAUAUUGUAACAUUUCUGUAUCUUUAAAGCUGUAUUCAAAUGACGUGGAGUAAUGUAAAUAAAGUGUUUUUCAGUGUUUUA